AUGAAGGAGCCAGAUGCCAUCAAGCUGUUUGUGGGGCAGAUCCCGAGGCAUCUGGAGGAAAAGGACCUGAAGCCCAUCUUUGAACAGUUUGGUCGGAUCUUUGAGCUGACUGUCAUCAAGGACAAGUACACCGGGCUGCACAAGGGAUGUGCCUUCCUGACAUACUGUGCCCGCGAUUCAGCCCUGAAGGCCCAGAGCGCCCUGCACGAACAGAAGACACUUCCAGGGAUGAACAGGCCGAUCCAGGUCAAGCCAGCCGACAGCGAGAGCCGAGGAGAAGACCGGAAGCUCUUUGUGGGGAUGCUAGGGAAGCAGCAGACAGAUGAGGACGUCCGGAAGAUGUUCGAGCCUUUCGGGACCAUAGACGAGUGCACUGUGCUCCGGGGACCAGACGGCACCAGCAAAGGCUGUGCCUUCGUGAAGUUCCAGACCCACGCGGAGGCCCAGGCAGCCAUCAACACCCUUCACAGCAGCCGGACCCUGCCGGGUGCCUCGUCCAGCCUGGUGGUGAAGUUUGCUGACACAGAGAAGGAGCGAGGUCUCCGCCGAAUGCAGCAAGUGGCCACGCAGCUGGGCAUGUUCAGCCCCAUCGCCCUCCAGUUUGGAGCCUACAGCGCCUACACCCAGGCCCUGAUGCAGCAGCAGGCAGCCCUGGUAGCGGCGCACAGUGCCUACCUCAGCCCCAUGGCCACCAUGGCUGCCGUGCAGAUGCAGCACAUGGCCGCCAUCAAUGCCAAUGGCCUCAUCGCCACCCCCAUCACCCCAUCCUCAGGAACCAGCACCCCUCCUGCCAUCGCUGCCACGCCUGUCUCUGCCAUCCCUGCUGCCCUGGGCGUCAACGGCUACAGCCCGGUGCCCACCCAGCCCACUGGGCAGCCUGCCCCUGAUGCUCUGUAUCCCAACGGGGUUCAUCCUUACCCAGCCCAGAGCCCCGCAGCCCCUGUGGACCCCCUGCAGCAGGCCUACGCAGGGAUGCAGCACUAUACAGCAGCCUACCCGGCAGCCUACAGCCUGGUUGCACCUGCGUUCCCGCAGCCUCCAGCCCUGGUUGCCCAGCAGCCUCCGCCACCCCCUCAGCAGCAGCAGCAGCAACAACAACAGCAGCAGCAGCAGCAAAGAGAAGGCCCUGACGGCUGCAACAUCUUCAUCUACCACCUACCCCAGGAGUUCACUGACUCAGAGAUCCUUCAGAUGUUUGUCCCCUUUGGCCACGUCAUCUCAGCCAAAGUCUUUGUUGACCGGGCCACCAAUCAGAGCAAAUGUUUUGGCUUUGUGAGUUUCGACAAUCCGGCCAGUGCCCAGGCUGCCAUCCAGGCCAUGAAUGGUUUCCAGAUCGGCAUGAAGCGCCUCAAAGUCCAGCUAAAGCGGCCUAAGGAUGCCAACCGGCCCUACUGA